AUGCUUCAGAAAUGGGCGCUGUUGGUGAUGGUGGCGUCUGUUGGUGGUGUUGUAAGUUGAUUUAACGGUAAAGUUUUUGGUGUUUUUUAUUCAAUAAAGUUAUACUGAAUAAUAAGCUUUAUUUUUUCUUUUUGUUACCUGAUCGUAAGCCGUUUUAAGACCUUCAACGGCGUGGACAUUGGCAAUCCCAACGGUCAGCUGAUCGAUCGCAGUUUUCGAAUCGUCGAGUUGUCCAAAUUCUUAAAGAACAAAGCCCAUUUUAACAAGUUUUGUAACCAUUUACCGACCUUGCUAACAAAAAUGAGUCGCGCUGAUGCCGAGGCGUGGAUGAAAGAUUUUUGUCGCAAAACUGGAGAAAAAGCAGCUUGUAAAACAUACUACAGUCAGAACGCUCACAAACAGAAGGUGGUCGAUGCUACGGUGGCUUGGUUUAAAAAAGCUAGGAAAUACACGGCGGCCGAAGACUACUACAUCAAUAGGGUUAUGGUAGGUGUAUUUUUGGAUAAAUUAUCAAAGGUUAGCUUAGGGGAAGAACUUUUGUUAUUGAUGAAAGGUAAGGAAGGAAUCCAAAAGCUUUUGAAAAAACCUAACCCUACCAAAAAUUUUUUUUAUUUAAAAGUACCCCUUUAGGCAGUCCGAAAAGACAGAUGUUUAUCAGUGGAAGAGGAGUGUUAUGUUACAAAUGGCAUAAAACAAUUGACAACAAGUAAACAACGUCAUACUAUGAAGUUGACGACAGAACUUUGUUUCCAGCAUCGUAAAGCUCAUCCAAAUUUUGCCAAGAAGUCGUGUUACGGUGUAGGAAAAGGAAGCCCAACUGGAGACGAAGUCUUCCAACUUCUUAGGUCAUAA